UUAUGAGUCUGUUGUGUCGUGUCUAAUAAAGAAGGGCACAACCAACAUAAGGCAUGGCCUUAUCCUCUCCCUCCCUCUUUUCAGCUGUAAACGCCACAUAUUCAGUACCCCAUUUCCAUGCACUGCCACUUUCACUUUCUUCUUCUUACUUUCCAAUUAAUGUUAGACCCUCCACCCAUCAUGUCCUUGUCUCUGAUCAUAAUCACAAAUGGAGAACAAAAGUUUCAUUUUUCACUUCCUUCUUGAAGCAGAAAGGUAAAGAUGCCAAGAUCAUCAAGGAAGAACUCCUUGAGGCCAUUGCACCACUUGAUCGAGGGGCUGAUGCCACUCCCCAAGACCAGCAAACAGUUGAUCAGAUUGCGCGCGAACUUGAGGCAGUUACUCCAAUAAAGGAGCCCCUCAAAUCUAACCUACUCGAUGGAAAAUGGGAGCUUAUAUACACUACCUCGCAGUCAAUCUUACAAACCAAGAGACCAAAGUUGUUGAGAUCAGUUGCAAAUUAUCAAGCAAUCAAUGUCGAUACUCUAAGGGCCCAAAAUAUGGAAUCUUGGCCAUUCUUCAACCAGGUGACAGCAGAUUUAACACCUUUAAAUCCAAGGAAAGUAGCUGUAAAAUUUGAUACUUUCAAAAUUGGAGGCAUUAUACCUAUUAAAGCACCUGGAAGAGCUCGUGGGGAACUGGAAAUAACAUAUUUGGACGAAGAACUGCGGUUAUCAAGAGGUGAUAAAGGAAACUUGUUCAUCUUGAAAAUGGUGGAUCCGUCUUACAGGGUUCCUAUAUGAUGGCAUUGUCAGCAUUGCAAUGCAGUACUUGUGUUCUUCCUCUCUAGGGAUUCAAACUACCAUCAUAGCUCACUGAAAAUACACGUUGGAGCUUAUACUAGCACUGCACUAUUAUUCAAGUUGACUUGAAGCAUUUUGGGACCGUUCUUCCAGACUUCCAGUACAAAAGAUAAACUGAAAUAGUAUAAUCUUAAUCUCUGUAAUGAGUUCUACUCUUUAUCUCCUCAAGGUCGGUGAAUAAAAUAAAAAAAAAUAAUCAUUAAUAUUAAUGAGGGCGAGUCCUGGUGCAGCGGUAAAGUUGUGCCUUGGUGACUUGUGACAAUUAUGUGAGCUUAUCAAUUUUUUCCCUACUUAUUUUUCCGUCUAAACAAAUAAGAGAAAAUAUCUCUUCAUUU